ACUACUGUACAGGCAGGUCUACUCAUCUGCUAUGGCAGCUGCAACGAAGCUUCCCUCAAUUGAGGAAGUUCUAGAAAUGGAGCUUAGCGAGCUGUUUAAUCUUUGUGAGGACUUGCAAUUGGAUAUUGAGGGGAUUGACGAUUUAGUCGCUGAGGAGCAAUUUCAGAGCGCUAUACUUGAAUACAUAAAGAAAAUUGCAACAGGCCGUUCAACAACAAGUUGUUUGCCUUUUGGAGAGGCUGCCGAAAAAUUUUCUCAUACGGUGGAAUGCAAACGUGGUCAAUUGCUUCGUGCACUCGACGGCGUAGAGCAAUUUGUGCUCAAGAAGGAAGUGAAGCAAUGGCUGAAGAAGCUGGAUAUUUCUAAACUGCCAUGUUGGAUGAAGAGGGAUGCAUUUACUAAGACCAGACAGAAACUGGAAGGGAAACCAGUACUGCUCGUAGCAGGAGCCACUUCUUCAGGAAAAACAACAUUGAUUAAUGCUCUACUUGGUGAACCAGUUUUACCUUCAUCACAUAAUGCUGCAACAUCAGUUCUUUGUGAAAUCAAAUACUCUGGCAGUCCCAAGGCAAAGUAUGCUAUCAUACACUUUGAGAAAAAAGAGAAACGGCAAACAGAAAGAAUUCAUCUUACUGACUCUUUGGGGAUGACACAGUUAACUGCAUAUCUGAAUGGGAACAGAGUGAAAGCAAAUGAAAUUGUGCCAUGCCAAGAUGAUGACUGGAAAUGUGCUCGUGUUGAGGUGUUUUGGCCUCUCAAGUUUCUUAAGGACUUUACAUUGGUUGACAGCCCUGGUGUAACUGAAGAAGAAGGGGAAUCUAUAACUCGCUGUAUAACAGAACAAUUUCAGCGUGACUUUGCGUGUGGUUACAUCUACGUAUUGGAUGCUACUCAAGCUGCAGAAGAAGCUUCACAAGUUGGCGGUCUGUUAAAGACUGUAAUGGAAGCAACACAAUCUCCACCAUUGGCUGGUGCUGCUCUGUUUGUUGUAAAUAAGUGGGACAUGCUUAUACAGCAACAAAAUGAAGAAGAGCAGCAAGAGUACUUAGCAAGGGUUGCCUAUAACAUUAAUCGACGUUGGCCGGGAUUCAGCAGAGAAAAGCAACUUCUGACAAUGAAUGCCAAGUUGGCAGCCCAAGCUCAGGAACUAGGAGCCCCAACAAACGACAUGAAGAAUCUUUGUCGUCGUAUUACGGACUUGCUUCCUAUUGGAAUGGACAACAUGUUGCUCAAGUCUGUCAGACAACCAGUUGAGCUUAUGGAUGUUACGGAAAUUGCAUUGGAUACUACAGUACGAGAGCUCUGUUUGCCCGAAGAAGACAGGAUGAUGAAAUAUACUGAAGACUGGAAAAAACUUGAGGCUUUCCGACAAUCAAUGGAGUGUGGCAACUUGGCAAAGGCAGCUUAUCUACUCGAUGCAAAGAUGCAGGAGUUAGCACACAUCUUUCGUGAGUAUUUGAAGUCAAAGGAGAGUUUGAAGUGUUUAUCUGAACUAAGGAGUUCAGUUGAAGACUUCUCUCACUCAAAUGUGGGAAACUUAGUGAAAAAGGCAGUCAUACAAACAAUAACAGAGCAUCCAAAGUACAAGUCUGCAUGUACAUGGGCAAAUUUGAAAAUUACUCCAAUAGUAGAUGAUUCAUAUAGAGAUUUUUUGUUGUUACCAGGAGCUGAAUUUUAUUCUAGAAACUUGGGCUUGGAUGAUCUGAUAGAACUGGAAGCAAUUGGAUUUUCAUCUGGUUCUGUUGACAGUGAGACAGCAGAAGCAGUUGGGUACGUGCUUGGUGCACUGUUGCCAAUCAACUGGCCGUUUUGGUUAAUAGCUGCAAUUACUGGCCCAAUUGGUCUUGCUAUUGCAGCUGCCUCUACUAAAAGCAGCGAUAGUUCUGACGAUGAUGGUUUAGUGAAAGUAUGUGGUGGAUUUAGUCCUGCUUUACCAGCUUUGGCAGUAUCAUUUGCAGGAGGACAAAUUGCUGGUAAAAUUGCUAGAUCGUUGUCGAAUGCUAGGCAGAGACGACAAAGCAGGAAAGCUAUAACUAAGAGUUAUCAACAACUCGUCAACAAGUUGUGUGAUAGUGAUGGCAAAUUUUUGCAACAGUUGAUUAGGAGACUCUUGCAGAAUGCCGUCGAUUCGGUAAAGAAGAUGGGGGAAGACAUUCCAGAGCAGCUGCAAGACCUGGAAAGGCAGCUGCGAGCACGGGUGCGACAGCAAGCAAGUGACCUAGUUUCCUAUACUCAUGUACUGCAAAGCUGUCGAACUCUUAAGAAAAACCUGUUAGCAUUCAUUUUAGAAUUGACUGCAAGUAGUGAAGUAGGCGACGCUGAUCAGAUCAAAGGAAAGGCUCCGUUUAGACUUGGCAGACUUGGACCAUUGUUUAAGAUAGAAGAGAAAGAGAAGUUAAUGACUUUGGAAGUAAUUGAUAGUGACAUAGUUGAGACAAAAUCUGAUGACAUAAUGAGUGUAAAGCAAUGCAGGCGUUUGCGGCACAAGAACAUAGUGUCUGUGUAUGGUCUUGUGCACUUGUGUGAUGAGCCUCUUCAACUGGGUUUGCUGUAUGAAUGGUGUGAAGGAGGCACUAUUGCUGAUGAGUUUAUUGGUGAUGAUAAUUAUGGUUUGGCAAAUAAUUCAUCACUGUUUGAACGGGCACAGUUGGUAGUCUUGCAGAUGUUUAGCGGUUUGAAUUAUCUUCAUACUUCUGCUAUUGUACAUGGACAUCUGAGACCAGAAGCCAUUUGGAUAACCAGAACUGGUACUAUCAAAAUUGGAGAGGUUGGCUUUUGUAAACUGAGUUCUGAGUCAGUCUCACUGUCCACUACAGAUGUCGUGUAUUUGGCACCAGAAGUUAUUCUUGUAAGGCCGUAUGGUUUUCCUGCCGACAUCUUUAGCAUGGGAGUGAUUUUGAUGGAGAUUUGGAACGGCAAGAGAGCUGUUGCAGCACCUGCUAUGAAGACAACUGAUACUCCUUUCUUACAGAUUUCGGAACCAAAAUAUGUUCCUUCAGGUGUGAGUGAUGAUUCAACCACAACCAUAGAAAAAUUCACAUCUAGAUGGAAAUGUGUUGUCUGUCAAUGCAUAUCUGAUGAUGCAAAAUGCAGGCCAAGUGCAGAAGAAUGUUUGCGGUCAGCAUCAAAUUUACUUGAUAUCUGAAUGAUUUUUGACUUUAAUAUGCUAUAACUGUUGAUGAUGUUGUUGAAAACUUAUGAUGUUUCAUCAUUUUUUUAUUUGCAGAAUAAGUUCAAAGUUUGUAACAUUAUAUUAAUAAUGAGGCACACUCUGCCUUUGUGCAUGGAGAAUGCUUUUAUAAUUAUACUAGUAUACAUGGCCCGUCCUUCGUACGGGCAAGAUACUGUAGUGUAAAGAUU